CAACUCCCGGUUCGCUAUUCGUCGUUUCAUAUCUCUUCAUGCACGCGGCACACAGGUAGCAGGCGAAGGCUCGAAGCUACUCUCGGUUACGCUUCUCAUGAUUUCAUCCUCUGUUCAUGUAGCUAACCUCGCUCACGCUUCGGGCUUGCUGCACGCUUCCGCUUGGCGGUUCGUCCUUCGCGGCCCUCUGAAUUGUCGCGGCCUUGCUCCCUCCGGCGACCGACGACGCUAUCCUGCUGUAAGGGCUUGGAUUUACCUUAACAGUCUGGGAUUAUUUGUCAAUAAAAGAGAAAUUUCUUUGACAUGGCCACAGCAUCUUCAGUUACACUUCGCCCCUACAUGAACCAUUCGCACAGAGUUUGGGAAGAUCCUUCUUACUUCAAGUGGAGCAAGCGUGAUGCUCAUGUGCCAUUGCGCUCUCAUGAUACCAUUGAAGGUUCUCUCAGAUUUUGGUAUGACAGGAGUAAAGUGGACUUCUUGCUUUCUAACUUAGCCGUAUGGAAUGAUGAGGCUAUUUCUCAUGCUCUUGGGAGUGCUGAAUUUUGGACCAAGGGUUUACCCUUCGUUAAGUCCUUAAGUGGAUAUUGGAAAUUCUUUCUAGCCUCUUCUCCUGCAAGUAUUCCUGUGGACUUCCAUGUUAUUGGAUUCGAUGAUUCAGUUUGGGAAUCAUUGCCAGUUCCUUCAAAUUGGCAGAUGCAUGGUUUUGAUCGUCCCAUCUAUACGAAUACUGCUUAUCCCUUUUCUUUUAAUCCACCUCAUGUUCCUUUGGACAAUCCGACCGGCUGCUACAGGAGGCAGUUUUGCAUUCCAAAGGAUUGGAAAGGUCGUCGGAUCUUGUUGCAUUUUGAGGCUGUUGAUUCAGCCUUUUUUGUGUGGAUAAAUGGGAUCCUUAUUGGAUAUAGCCAGGACAGUAGACUUCCUGCUGAGUUUGAAAUUACCGAUUCUUGCCAUCCUAUUGAUUCUGACAAGGAAAACAUACUUUCGGUUCAAGUCAUGAGAUGGAGUGAUGGUUCCUAUUUAGAGGACCAGGAUCACUGGUGGCUCUCUGGAAUUCAUCGUGAUGUCCUUCUUAUAUCAAAGCCCAAGCUGUUUAUAGCAGACUACUUUUUCAGAUCAAAUUUAGAUGAAAAUUUUUUUGAAGUGGAUAUCGAGGUUGAGGUCAAACUUGAUGGUUUGUCAAAAUAUCUGGAGGAGACUAAUCUUGCCAAUUUUACCAUAGAGGCAUCAUUGUAUGAUAACACUGGAUAUAGUUAUGGGGAUGUUAAUGGUGUCUUUGAUCUAAAUCCUUAUAAGGUGGUUCAUAUGGUGGUUAAAUCACCGGCUGUUGAUAUUCAUGGUUUUCAUGGAUAUUUACUUGCUGGGAAAUUCAAUGAGCCAAAACUUUGGUCCAGCGAACAUCCAAACUUGUAUACGCUUGUAAUAAUUCUGAAAGAUCCAUCUGGUGAGCUAUUGGACUGUGAAUCAUGCCAAGUUGGCAUACGCCAAAUAUCACGAGCUCCAAAGCAACUGCUUGUUAAUGGGGUUCCUGUUGUAAUAAGAGGUGUUAAUAGACAUGAACACCACCCUCGUACUGGGAAGACAAAUCUGGAAGCUUGCAUGAUUAAGGAUUUGGUUCUAAUGAAGCAAUGCAAUAUUAAUGCUGUGAGAAACAGUCACUAUCCUCAACAUCCAAGAUGGUAUGAGCUAUGUGAUCUCUUUGGUAUCUACAUGAUAGAUGAGGCAAAUAUAGAAACACAUGGAUUUAAUGAUUCCAGUAAUUUCAAGCAUCCUACCUUAGAAGCAGCUUGGGCUAGCUGUAUGUUGGAUCGAGUUGUGGGAAUGGUGGAGAGAGAUAAGAACCAUGCAUGCAUAAUUGCAUGGUCUCUAGGAAAUGAAUCUUCUUAUGGGCCUAAUCAUGGUGCUCUUGCUGGUUGGGUUAGAGAAAAGGAUCCCUCAAGGUUUCUACAUUAUGAAGGUGGUGGUUCUAGAACCUCAUCAACGGAUAUUGUAUGCCCCAUGUAUAUGCGUGUAUGGGAUAUGGUGAAAAUUGCUGCAGAUCCAUAUGAAAGUAGACCUUUGAUUCUCUGCGAGUAUUCCCAUGCAAUGGGAAACAGUAAUGGAAACAUCCAUGAGUAUUGGAAAGCUAUAGAUAAUACUUUUGGACUUCAAGGGGGUUUCAUUUGGGAGUGGGUUGAUCAGGGUCUGCUAAAAGAGGGAAAAGAUGGGAUUAAACAUUGGGCCUAUGGUGGUGACUUUGGUGAUUUCCCAAAUGACUUGAACUUCUGUCUGAAUGGCCUUACAUGGCCAGAUCGGACACCUCAUCCUGCUUUACAUGAAGUAAAGUAUGUGUAUCAACCCAUAAAAGUUUCUUUAACUGACAGCAAAAUCAAGAUAGUAAAUGCUCAAUUUUUUGAAACAACAAAUGCUUUAGAGUUUAGUUGGAGCCUUCUAGGGGAUGGAUGCAUCCUUGGAUCUGGGAUACUUGAACUCCCAAUAAUAUUGCCCCAGAGUAGUUAUGAAAUUGAAAUUGAAUCAUCUCCAUGGUAUUCUCUAUGGAAUUCAUGUUCAGCAGCAGAGACCUUCUUGACAAUAAUUGCGAAACUUGAACAAUCCACACGUUGGGCAAACGAAGGACAUGUUCUUGCUUCUAGUCAACUUCGUCUGCCUUCUAGAAGGAAGCUUGGCCCCCAUGCUAUAAGCUUCACUGAAAAGGCUUUUUUACUUCUCGAACAUGCUGAUGACAUCAUAACAAUUAAAAAGGAUGGCAAUUUCUGUAUCAAAUUCAAUACUCGGACAGGAACAAUUGAGAGAUGGGAGGUUGAAGGCUGCCUGCUAACGGACAAAGGAAUAUUUCCCUGUUUCUGGCGAGCUCCCACUGAUAAUGACAAAGGAGGUGGUCCUUAUAGCUAUGCCUCAAGGUGGAAAGAUGCUCUUCUGGAUGAUAUUUUAUUUCAAACAAAUCAUUGCUCAAUAGAUAAGAAGACAGAUGAUGUUCUCCUGGUUACAACUAGCUACUUUGGUGUUCCCAGAAACUAUGAUAAGGAGAGAAAUUCCAGGAAUGCGAGCAAUAAUAACUUGAUACUUUUCAGAGUUGAUGUGAGUUACUGGGUCUAUGCAUCUGGUGAUCUAAUCAUUGAUUACAAACUGAACCCCAACAGUGAUCUUCCUCCUCUACCGCGCAUCGGUGUAGUCUUCCAUUUGGAACAAUCAUUGAAUCAAGUCAGAUGGUAUGGCAGAGGGCCAUUUGAAUGUUAUCCUGAUCGAAAGGAAGCUGCUCAUUUAGGCAUAUAUGAAGCUAAUGUGGCAGAUUUGCAUGUGCCAUACAUUGUUCCCGGUGAAUGCUCGGGGCGAGCUGAUAUCAGAUGGGUAUCAUUUCAGAAUAUUGGUGGAUUUGGGCUCUUUGCUUCUGCUUUUGGCACAUCACCACCCAUGCAGAUGAGUGCAAGCUACUACACUACUGCUGAACUCGAUAGGGCUACUCAUAAUGAAGACUUGCUGAGAGGAAAUCACAUAGAGGUACAUCUUGACCAUAAGCACAUGGGAUUGGGUGGUGAUGAUAGUUGGUCUCCCAGUGUUCAUGACGAGUACUUGGUUCAUCCAAUGCCUUAUUCCUUCUCCAUAAGGUUUUCUCCAAUGCUUCCCUCUCAAUCUGCAGAAGAAAUUUACAGAUGUCAGCUUCCACAAUCAUGAUUUCCAUUUCCAAAAAAACUUUAUAUUUAUAUUUCGUUUAGGGUUUAUUUCCUUUGAACUUCAUAAUCCAUUUGCUUAUUUUUGGAAACUGAACAGUUGUGAGCAAUACUAAUUGGAAAAUAAAAUCAUAAAUAUUCUGCAUGUUAUGAGAGUAUUUAUUUUCGCCUUCUACUUGAAACUGAAAAUUUUCAUUUGUCUAGAAGCGGCUAAAUGACAUAACCAAUUAAUUUGUUUU